AUGGAGCGUGAAGCCGAACUCCAAAAAGAACGCCUAAACAAUAUUUUUAAAGAGUUAAUACAUGAUCUUGAAGUAACCGACAUAGAAGCAGCUAAAUUCUUACUGAUCUUCAAAGAAAAUGGAAAAGUGAAAGACCACGUCACCAACCUACUUUGUCCAAAAGAAGACUCUAUAUGCGAAAUUAUAGAUUUGCUACAGAAAAUAUUCUCUGACAGACUAAAACUAACAGAUCUCGAGGCUCAAAAACUUGAAGAUGAUUUCGUCAAGGCCUCUGAAAUAUCGGAUAAAUACCUCAAGAAUAUAGAACAGCUCGAGAAAAUCUUGGAAAAAGAGAAUGAAGUGUUUGAGAGAAAUCUUAAAGAGCAAACUCUAAAAGAAGAGGAGUAUGACUUGAAAAUCAAGACUCUAAAAGAUAAUUUUGAUAUGGAUGUAAAAAAAUUGCUGUAUGCAUCAAAGAAAGAGUUGGAGGAAAGCACAAAAAGGUACGAUGAAGAAGCAGAAGAUUUGCAGAAGCAGUACAAAUCACUGGAAAGGGAAUACGAAAAAAUUCGGUCUCUUCACAUGAGGGAAGAAAAGGAACUAAGAAAGACCAAGGAUAAAUUGGAAAAGGAUGUUGAAAAAACCAUUGAAAGAUUCAACUUUGAAACAAAGGAGUUGGAAGAUUUGAGGAUGAAACUGGAUGAACAAAAAAUAGAGUAUGACGCGUUGAUGUUGGAAAAAGAGUUGGAGGAAGAAGAGUACAGGAGAGAGUUGGGGGCACAGUUUUUGCUGAAUUAUAUGGCCCGUAAAAUACAGAUACACUGGAGGGAAUAUGUUGCUAGAAAAUCGUUAAAGAAAAAAAAGAGAGGGAAAGUAAAGAGUUCGGGGGAUAAAAAGUCAGCAUAG